AUGAGAUGUGGAGCGCCUAAAGCUUAUUCGAGCGCUGAGCCUCAGCCAUUAUUAUGUGAUACCGAACACAAUCGCCAGCAGAAACGCGAUACGCAUUGGGGCAUGAAUAAGCUGCGGCGUGAUACUCAUGCUUCCCUGCUCCGAUUUGUGAAGAGCGGGCCAGUAGACUUCUACGAAGACCUGAGUGGCUACAGCGAAUCGCUAUCUGUUCCAUAUUAUAUACGUGACAAGUUUGUUGAUUCGCCAUCGGAGAAGCCCGUCCGUCUACUUCCCGUGCCGAAACGCAAUGGCAUUUUGUUUAUGCUCCAUGCCGAGCUGCGGACAUUCCGUUUGGUAGUAGUUGGUUCUGCAAGGACGGGUAAAUCAUCACUUGUGGGACGAUUCCUUGAUGCGGACUUUGAAGAUCGAUAUAUCCCCACCAUUGAAAACUUUUACAGGAAAUUGUACAAAAUCAAAAGCGAAGUCUACCAGUUAGACAUAAUCGACUGCUCAGGAAACGAUCCAUUUCCAGCCGCUCGCAAGCUCAGCUAUAUCUCAGGCAAGGCUUUUUCAUCAAUUCUCAAACUGCAAUAG